GAUCAAAUCAACUUUCGACCACUGCCCCUCCACAGCACACCCAUCAUGGACGGCGUCGCCUUCGACCAGCAGAACCCUGCCUUGGCGGAAUUUCAAGCGGAAUACGAGCGCAAGAUUGCGGAAACGGCACUAGAGCACGAGAAGGUCGGCGAAGAAAACCGUGUGAAGGCACUCGCCGCCAUGGAACAAUUCAAGACGGAACGCCAGCGCCUCCGUGACUCGAAGGUGCAAGCAAACCGUACCCAAGAGCAAGCGACGAUCGAAAAACUCACGGCGGACUUGACCAACGACAACCCGUGGGAACGUGUCGUGAGCCUGGUCGAGUUGGAAUCGCACAAGUCCAAGACAGCCAAGCGACUUGCCGUCGAGGCCAAGGCCCGAGGUGAAGUGGACAACAACAAGGCCGCGGCGGACGCGGACGAAGUCGAUUUGACGCGCAUGAAGCAGAUUUUCUUGCAGCUCAAGUCGGAGCCAUUGGACUUGACGCGUGCGCAGGCGAACGGCAUUGCGUCGCAUUAAGUGGUUCAAUGUGUUUUCCUCAUUUUACAUUGACAUUCGCUAUGUCGGCUGCCAUCGGCCAUGUUAGCUUUACUCUACGCAGGGGCUCCGUCGACCUUGGCCACGACUUCCUUGGUACUCUGCUUGAGCACCGCCUUGAUCUCCUUUAGUACUUGCUUGCCCUCGAGGCCAUCUCGUUCGUCAAAGAUAUCCUGGAAGCGAUAAUAGAUCUCGUUCACCA